UGUGGCGCUCGCCUGACGAAGGAAAUUACCGAGGACAUUUUUUCUAGGGGGCUUCAGUUUGUUCUUGUUUACAAUGAUCCAAAUGACCCAACAAAUGUAACUAGCGUGCUUGAAACUAAGGUUCUUAUAUUGCUUAUUUAUUGCCAAGGUAACGACUCUGUGUCUCUUGGAGAACUUCCCCUACACCCACUACCUCGUUUCCCAGAAACAACUCUUUGCAGCGAAUUGUUUGAGGCCUUGCAACACAUGGUGAUUCAGGUCGUCGCCAUUUCAGACGUUAGGGGCAGAGUGAUCGGAGUGUUGACAAUGCAGGAUAUUGUGGAGUUUGUUCACAAAACGUCGUUUCAGGCGGAGAUGGAUCCCAGGGCGAAGGUGCCCUUUCAAAUAAUGGUCCAUUCAUGGAAAAGGCUAUGCGGGGUGCGUGGGGACUACGUGGCAAGUGGCAGGUACAGCCUAACUGUGGGUGGAGGAAGAGGGGGAAGAACUCCUUCGACUUCCUCUUCACGCUGCAGUACGCCUCUCCUCCAACGCCCUAUUUCUCGACAGGAUGUGCUGCAGUCAAACUUCACCCAAAUUAAAGUGUCAGAUGAAAACAAACAAUCAGACGAAAAGCGAACGAAAUAA